CCAACUACACCAGAGAAAACGUCGUGCAACGCACAAGAACCUGAAGAAUCAUUAAUGGCGGAAUAUCAAGAGGUCUAUAUUGAGGGACCCCAACAGGAACAUGUAUCUGGGAGGUCGGUGCUUUGCGCAUCAGUUGCCGGCAUGGCAAUAGGGGGGCCGCUUCUGGGCAUGUCGGGGUUCAGUUUUAUUGCAUCAGUUGCAUUACUACUCAUAACCUCUCCGCUUUUGUUACUCUUCAGUCCUCUGCUUUUCUGUGCUGCCCUUCUUCUUGUGGGAGCCUUGGCUGGCUUCUCUGCGGCUGCAACCAUUGCAAUGGCUGGUGUGUCCACUCUGGGCUGGGUUUUCCGAGAGCUUAGAGCUGGCAGGGGAGAUCACGUGGGGUCGACGUUCGGUGAGAGGUUGGCAGAGUCAGGGGAGAGAUUGAAGAAACUGGGCGAGGGUUGGGCUGCUCAUCUGCACCAGAUGACACCUGGAAUCGAGUUUGAAAUGAGUUAAUUUCUUGGUUUGGUAAAUAUUCUGUGUGUAUGUAUGUAUGUAUAUAUGUAUUUCUCUCUGUAUAUGUAUUCCAAGUUUUAAUGAUUUUUUGUUUUUUU